AAUCGAAUACAUCCAAAAAUGUGUUAAACUUCCAUUUUCUGCAGGUGAAAAACACUUCAUUUUAGAUCUAACUUAUUGUAAAACUCAAUUAUGAAGACGGAAGAGGAAACUUCCAUGCAAACAGAUUCUAUUGAGCCAAAAAAAGAAACUCCAAGCACUAGUGGGGGCAAUGAAAAUUUUGUUGUGUUAGACAUGGCAGGUGAUUCUGAAGAUUCUGACAAAGAUGACAAAAGUGGAAAGGACACAAAAGAGAAGACAAUAAAGUUAAAUACUUCUGAUAUUGGUGGAAAAGCUACAAUAUCAGAUUCUGUUUCUAAACCAGGAGCCUCCAACACUCGACUUAGGAAAAAGCCCAAAGCUCCAGUUGUGGAUGUGAACAGCUUAAGAAAGCGAAAGUGGCAAUUAAAAGUGUAUCCUUUGCAUGCUGAAGAUCUUCAGUUAAACUAUAUGAGUAUACUUUGCAAACUUGCUUCCGAAAGUCUCCUUUACAUUCCUAGUGAAGGGCGUCAUGGCAAAGCUGAAUUGUAUGUGGCAACACAAAAAGAAACAGCAGCGAUCAUUGGUAAACUGCUAAGGAUGGGAUUUCACCAUAAGCUGUUAAGUAUAGAGGUAGUAAGGAAAGAUACCGGUGGCAAAGAGGAUGGGGAUGAAUCAAAGAAGGAGUGCAAAGCAUUUCUUAUGUUUGACAAGUUUCUUUCCAAAAAGAUUUUUGAUGCAAAAGGUGAAAAAGGAAUGCUCAUUGAGAAAAUAGUCACAUUAAACAAGCUGCCCAAAGCGGCCACCAAAGAUUUCAUCGGGGCCCUUUUCCCAUUUGCUACUGAAAUUGAAAUAAUUGAGAGCGACAAUCCGGAUGAACGCAAAGCCACAGUGAAGUGCAAGACGCCAGUUACAUCUUUGUUGGUUUACAAGUCUUUCAAACGUCUAGAAAUAAAUGAUGUACAUGUUAAACUGACAGUUGAUGAUUCAGUGAAAGCCAUAACUUUGCCACCAAUGUUUUUCAUUCCUCCACCUGAGAAAAAAGAUACUGGACCUCCAGAUUCUAUGGAAAGUUUAAAUCAAAGUUCACUCCCACGAAGGCCAAUGAUGACUUCAUUAACCAGACGUGUUCAACAAAUUAAAAAAAGAGCACUACUGACUCGAAAAAAACCAACCCGUGGGCAAAUUAUGCGAGGUCAGAGACCAAAUCAAGGAAUGGAUGAUAACAUUGGGGAUGGAUUGAGAGGACCUGGUGGUCGUCGUUCUUUGACAAGGCGUGGAGAUGGACGAUUUGCCUUAGAGAUUAAAAACCAUGGGCCAGGUAGUCGAGACUACCCUGGUGGUCCAGGGCGUCGACGGAUGAAUGAACGUCAGAAUGACAGAAGAAACCGAGAAAGAGAUUCAAGGGAAAGAAAUGUUAGGAGAACUGAUAGAGAAGAGAGUCAGGUAACAAAAGAAAUGCUUCAGCUUCAGAAUCAGUUGAACCAAGCUAUCAAAAAUCAAAUAGCUAUGCUUAGUACAGCACAAACUGGUGGAGGACAUUUACGAGCAGAAAGUUUUCCUCUCCCUGGAGCCUCACAUCGUGCAUCUCUUUUGGGUCACGGUCCAAGGCAUUUUGGGGCUGGGGCAGAUGUUACAGGAAUGGGUGCCACAAGAGGUAUCGAUAACCAGCAUGAUUUUGGAGGAGCAAGUUCCUGGUCAGGAGAAAGAGGUGGCAGAAAUGAAAGAGAUCGGGUUGAAAGGGAACGUGUUGAAAGACUUGGCAGAAGUGCUGACAGGAUGGAUCGCCCAAACAGACCUGAGAGAGGGAAUGACAGAGGUAAACACAUAGACAUUGCAAACAGAUUGGACGGUCGAACUGAAAGAGGCAGUCGUGACCGCAGUGAUCGUAAUGAAAGAACAAGUACAGGUGCAGAGCUGGCACGGCAGACACCAAGAACACAACGACAAGUGCAGGCUUUUGGUUCUAGUAGUGGUGCUGGUGAUGCCGUUAGAAGCAAAGAUAGAUCAGCUAUGAACACAUCACACAGCUCAGAUUCUGUUCGAGGAAGCAGUAGAGGACGGAGAGGACCAGAGUAUUCUGGAACUACCAGAUCAACACAAAGAAAUGACGGUGCAUAUAAUUCAGGAUCUCAUGCACAAUCCACUGGAUCAAACAGGUAUGGUGAUUAUACUGGCCAGGUUGAAGGUGAUGGUAGUUCUUAUUAUCGCCGCUACUGAAAUGUUUGAGUUUUGAUUCACAAGUUUUUAUCUCCAGAAAAUAGGUGUGUUCUUAAUGAUUUUAAAUUAAAAAUUAUUGUAAUAUUUGACACUAGUUUUUGAGGUCAAGAUUUCAGUUAUGAAACAAAUUAUUAACCAUUUCAUGUAAUUCUUUUAAAGAUGUAGCAAUUCAUUUAGUCAAUUUAGUUAGGCUUUUAUAUUCUGUUAAAUGUUAAUAAAAAUGUUGUAAUAAUAUGUUCUUUGAAAUUGUUUUUAAGAAAAUAAACAAUAUUUCUUUAA